UUUCCCUCCUGCCACUCCUGAGAGCGCACGAGAGGACAAAAGUUAUGGAGUAGCCCACGUCCUCAUUUGGACAGAGGAAGGGACCGGAGUAAGAUGUUCUGCUGAAGUUUGGACACGAUUUGCAGCUGUAUGCGCGAAGACAUCUCAUUUGGAAACUAUUUGCUUUUGCUCCGUUAUGUGCGUGGAGCCAUCAGUUGAGCUGGAGGACCCCUUUUGCUGUUCGUGGGAUUGACGGCGCCGAGCGACGUUUACCAGCUCACCGAUUUUAGAGUUGUGGAGUUUUUCAGCUCUGCGGUUGCUGCGGACCUUUGAAAGAUUCGCUGGACCUAGGAUUUGUGUUUACUUUACAUUGAAGGAUUAUUUAAGAAGAAAACUGUGCUUUCCUGGUUACUUCAUCUUUUGUGAGGAAGGGAAGUAAGGAGUAAACGAAGCGCCAGAAAGAUGCUGCUGCUUGUACAAUGGAUGUGAAGAACUUUUUAGCUGUUGUUGUCGUGGUUUGUCUAUACGUUUGCUCCGCAUUCAGCCAAGAACUCAACCCUAAAGGCAAGAAUGUAUGCAGAACACAUGGGUCACCAGGAGUCGUGUGCUGCAGUGGAUGGGGACAGCUAGGGGAUGAAUGCCCCACACCUCUGUGUGAGGGAAACUUCACCUGUAAAGAAAAUGAGGUCUGCGUUCGGCCUAAUGAAUGCCGCUGUAGACAUGGAUAUUUUGGAGCCAGCUGUGACACUAAGUGCCCUGCUCAGUUCUGGGGUCCUGACUGUAAAGGGAAGUGUCACUGUUACCCCAAUGGGCAGUGUGAUGAUUUGACCGGAGAGUGUACCUGUAACCACAAUCGCUGGGGCCCCAACUGUGAGCAUGCCUGCCUCUGCCAGAAGGGCAAGUGUGACCAGGACACAGGCAAAUGCACAUGUCACCCCGGGGCCUGGGGCCCUCAGUGCAACAACAACUGUUACUGCAGCAUCAACUCUGUGUGCGACGCCAUGACGGGACGCUGCCAGUGCAGCCCCGGCUGGAUGGGGCGCAACUGUGCUGUUCAGUGCAACUGUAACAGCUCUCCAUGUGACCAGUUCACCGGGCGCUGCCAGUGCAAAGAGAGGCUGUGGGGACCCAGGUGUGAACGCUACUGUCAGUGUAUCCACGGCAAAUGUAACCCCGCCGAUGGAUCAUGUACCUGCACACCAGGAUACAGGGGCAAGUUCUGCAGGGAGCCAUGUCCAGCCGGCUUUUAUGGUCAAAACUGUAGGUACAGGUGUGGACACUGCAAAGGGCAGCAGCCAUGUAAAGUGACAGAGGGCCGCUGCAUCACAUGUGACAGAGGCUGGAACGGCACGCGUUGUGACCAGCUCUGUUCCAAAGGGUUCUUUGGUGAAAACUGCCAAGAGGUGUGUCCCACCUGUAAGGACGGUCACCACUGUGACCCCAUCCAGGGCAAGUGCUCUCACUGUAACGCUGGCUGGAUUGGAGACAGGUGUGAGGUGCGCUGCCCCAAUGGCACUUAUGGAGAGAACUGCGAAAACAACUGCAGCCACUGCUACAAUGGCCUGUGUCAUUUUGUGACCGGAGAGUGUUUGUGUGAUGCAGGCUUUUAUGGAACAUAUUGCAACAUGACCUGUAAACCUGGCCAGUAUGGAGUGAACUGCAACCAGACAUGCUCCUGCAACAGCAAGAACUGUGACCCUGAGUCUGGCGCCUGCUAUCUCCAGCCUAACCAGCGCAUGGGCGUGAUCGCAGCCGGGACCUUGGUCGGCUUCUUACUCAUUGUCCUCCUCUCAGUGCUGUUCUGCUGCUGCCUCUGUCGACACAAAGAUGACCACAACAAAAAAGCCAAGCGGAUCCUGUGUGGACGAUUCAGCCGCAUCAGCACAAAACUCCCCCGUAUUCCACUGAGACGACAAAAACUGCCCAAAGUUGUCGUAGCCCACCACGACCCGGAGAACACCUUCAACUGCAGCUUCAUCGAGCCCCCAUCAUCCGGCGCAGUGGACCAGCCUUCCCCCUCCUCCUGGUCCUCCCAAGAGUCCUUCUCCUCCUUUGAGAGUGGAGACGAGGGGCCGGUGUACUGUGUGCCCCAUGAAGAGUCUGUAAAUGAAAACAAGGAGAAGCGCAGCCCAAGUCCAACGCCAGAGAAAUCCCCUGCUGAGGAUGAAGAGGAUGCGGGAGAGUACACCUCCCUGAAGGACACCAGCACCACCAAACCUCCUGAGAAGCAGUCACUAAAGGCCUGUGAGUCCAGCGAGGGCUCCACCUCCUCUGAAUCUACAUCUGCAGUGCUGUACGCCCGCAUCGCCCGGGGAUCCAAGCAGUCUAAAGAGGACGAGGGCAGCACCAAGGACGGAGAAAGCACUCCCACUCCUGAAGCAAAACGCAACGGAAAACCUCCUCCUUCACCAAAACCAAAACCACGCCCUCCAGACCCAUCCACCAAGCCCAAAGUGUCCUGGAUCCACGGAAACGCGUCUCCACAGCCAGAGGAGCGGGUUAAAUUACUCUCGGUACCAAAGGAGAAGAAGGGUAGGGGCUCCAGUGAUGGCUCAGGAAAAAGUGAGGAGCGUCAGAAGAUGAAAGAGAAGAACAGAGAACAGAAAAAGGCAGAGGCGAAGGUGGUGGAUGCUAACGGCUCUCCCAGCAAACACAAGCCCUUGCGAGGUAAAAAAUCUGGGGAUGAGCACAGCAGCCCGAGCCACAUGGAGCACAUCAAUGGUGUGGUCCAGAAUGCACUUAAGAAAAUUAGCUAUUUCCACACCUCCUCGCCUGAGAAGAAAAGUGCUGAAACUCAGAAGGAGGUUCCCAAAGAGCCUCCAAAAGUCAUCCAUCCUCAUAUGAACUCUGAGGCCGCCACGCUUUUGGCUGCUCAGCUCAAAGAGAAAACACAAAGCAUCAACAGAAAUGAGGGCACAGGCCUAAACAAAACCAAUGGGCUCUCGACGCCCAAGGGCACGCGAGAGAAGCCCACUCCUCCACAGAAAGCCAAGAGGACAUCAUCCACCGGCUCGGGCCAGCAAGGCUCCACUAAACCUCUGCUGCCCACCACCAGCAGCCUUCAGAAGAUGGUGGCACCCAUCACAGCAGACGAGAGCCCUGAAUCCAAGAGCCCGGAGAAGCAGGACUUGAACGGCUCCAAGGCAGGAGACUCUACGUUGGACUCCACAUCCAAGAAGACCCCCAUCAAAAAGCCCCCCAGAAAGAAGGGUAAAGAUGGCACUCUGGAAACCUCAGAAACUAAGACUCCGCAACCAAAGACUGCCAUUAUGCCACCACAGAUUGUGAAGUGAGUUUCUUGACUAAGCUUCCUGUGGAUGUUACUAGGACAAAAGUGCAGAACUUUUCUCACAAGGAAUCCAAGUCUGUUCAGAGGGUGUUGUGAAUUCAGUCUAAAAGAAAGUACUGGUAAGUUCAGUAUAAUACACAUAUAUCUCUGCAGCAUUGUAUUAGACUACAAAAACUGUCCUAUAAGCAGUUACAUACUGCAAGGGCAGCAAGCAUGGACAUAACUCUAAAAGUAGCACACCAAACCAAUAGCUUAAUAUGGUCCUCUGUAUAACCACUGUGUUUUCCUUAUGUUUUGCCAUCAUAGGUACUAUAAUGCUCAAAUAAAAAUCUGGCCCUCUUCACUCAAAAUUAAGUUUUUCUACUUUUCCUUUUUAUAGGCAUUUUGUAAAUAUUUAUCUCAUCAUUCUGGACAGUUUGGGCUACUUCUGUGGAUAAAUUGUUACGAUUCUUUUGAAUUCCCCUCGGAGCACCGUGUUUGUUUGAAGCUUUGCAGCGUACAAUUUCAGGUUCUAUUUUUCAUGUUUGUCAGUCAUGGUUUGUUGGAUCCAAAACAAGACCUUUGAUCUUCAGGAAAUACAGAGAUGCAAAACCAAAUCACCACAAUGCACUUUUAUUAUAUGCUUCAUUCAGUCAGUGAAACCACUAAACCAGAAGUAAAACCUAAGCUACUCAACCCAUCACCUUAACCACUCUGCCUUUGGUGCAAUGUGACCCACAAAUGCAGCAGCUAUAUUUUCUAAAACCUUUCAAUGGCCUUUGACACAGUUUGACUAAAGUUAAUAAAAACUUAAUGGUACCCUGCUUUGAAUAUAUGAAAAGGCCUCAGCUGUUGAUUGGUUCAGUUAAGGGGACAAUCUGUGCCUUGAAUUUUAGUUAAGUGUAUGGGUAAUAUGAAUAGAUAUUUCUUUUCUUUUCUCAUUUUUGAAGAGCUAUUGAAGUAGCUCAGAAAGCCAAUGCAUGAAUGCCAAAUAUUUGUUCUGUUUUGUGUCAAGGUACCACCAUUUAGUCCAUUUUUAAGGGUGUACAAUGUACAUUGUGUACUUUUUAUUAUGUUUGUAAGCUGUGCUUAUAUGACCUUUUUAGUAUCUUUGUCAAUGAAUGAACUGGCUUUCAUGGUAUAUUUGGUUUUAUGGAAUGUAGCUUUUUGUGCUCAAAAACCCAAAGUACAAGCCUUCUCCUGUAAAGUUUACAUGGUCUUUGUAAUUGUCCUCUGUUGAUGUUAUUGUUUGUCCAACACUAACUGCAUGACGCAGAGUGGAAUUAUAUGGCAUUAAUAGCUGCACAGGAAUUCUGUAACCUCAUUGUUCUUCCUUUUUCUGUUUUGUAAAAAUGUCAAAGAUUGUACAUUUUGAUGCCACUGUCCAAACUAAUGCAUAGAAACUGAAGUUUUACUCUUUGUCUGACUGGCCUGAGUUGGGCCUGAAAGCUGCAAAAAACAACUGUAUGGAAUAUUUAGUAGUUUGUGGUUUUGCAACUAUAUUUUUCAUGAGUAUUGAACUGGUGUUUCUUUAUUAUCUUCUUUGGAAUAAAAUGCAAUAUACAGAA